GUACUCUCAUUACCACACCGAAGGUUGGUCUGCUACUGUCGUCUCUUUGAAGUCCCUGAUCCAAACAAGCCACAGAAACUUGGCUUGCAUCAGAGAGAAAUCUUCCUAUUUAAUGACCUGCUAGUGGUAACAAAAAUCUUCCAAAAAAAGAAAAAUUCUGUAACCUACAGCUUCAGACAGUCAUUUUCCCUGUAUGGAAUGCAAGUGAUCCUGUUUGAAAAUCAAUACUAUCCAAAUGGUAUUCGUCUCACAUCAGCAAUUCCAGGAGCUGACAUUAAAGUUCUGAUUAACUUUAAUGCUCCAAAUCCUCAAGAUCGCAAGAAGUUCACAGACGAUUUAAGAGAAUCCAUUGCAGAGGUUCAAGAAAUGGAAAAGUACAGAAUAGAGACGGAGUUAGAGAAGCAGAAGGGGGUGGUGCGUCCAAGCAUGUCUCAGUGUUCCAGCUUGAAAAAGGAAUCUGGUAAUGGCACUUUGAACCGGACAUGCCUUGAUGACAGUUACGCCACAGGGGAGGGCCUGAAACGCAGUGCCCUCAGCAGCUCCCUUAGGGACCUGUCUGAAGCAGGCAAGCGUGGGCGGCGCAGCAGUGCAGGAUCGCUAGACAGCAAUAUGGAAGGGUCCAUCAUUAGCAGUCCUCACAUGCGCAGACGAGCCACCUCAACUCGGGAAUGUGCCUCUCGUCAAAGUAUACCUAACUCUUCCUCCCUCUUAGGUUCUUUGUUCAGCAGUAAGAGGGGGAAGCCAUCUUCCCAAGGCCACCUGUCUGGACCACCCCAGCAGCAGCACCCCACUUUGAUUUCCCACCAACAACAUCCAACAAGUCAUCAUGUAGGACAAGCCGAGGGGCAAACACAGGCACAAGUGCAUGCACAACAUUCACAGUAUUGCCACAUGCAGCAGAACCCACCACCGUAUCACCACCAUCAUCAUUACCACCCUCCCCAGCACAUCCAACCACACCAGUACCACCCACACGGACAGCAUGCGUCGCACGCAUCCUACAUCCAACACCCUCAUGCACAGCACUCCCACUCUAGCCAUUCACACUCUGGGCACUCAGCACAUUCCCAGCAUGCACAGCACCAUCACACUCAGCAAAUUCCUUCUACGUCCACAAGCACGAAACCUAAACACAGUGGUAUUAGCACAAUAGUUUAG